AGAAAGAACAUCAGAAUGGCAUCUCCAGAGUUGAACGCGCGCACGCACACAAUGGACAAUACAGGUCGACGCGGCCAGCUAGCGGCACCAAGCCGCCAACUACCUCCAACGCUAACUACCUCCAGCUAGCGACACCAAGCCGCAACGGUGCACCCCGCAGCCCGCGCUUGACCCGUCGCGAUACCGAAGCCCAUAGAACCAACGUGCUAUAUAAUCACAAGCCGUAUCGAGGGGCUUCUCGUCUCCUCAUUCCGCCCCCAGCGUCCUUCCUUCAGCGCGCCGCCGCCGCCGUGCUGUUAUUGCCGAUGGAAACCUCUGGACGACACGGCGCCUCCGGCUGCUACACCCCUCCCGCGGCAGACAGGCUCUGGAGGCAGCGCUCCUCUCCCGCAGCUGUUGUGUCCGCCUUCUUGCCGUGCGGCGGCGACGGUGGCCAGGCGCGAAGAAAGAUCAGGAGCGCGCGUCUGGGUGGGAAGGUCGGGCACCGCAACGGCGAGGAGGCGGAGUUGGGCCCUGCUGCCUUGCCAGGCGGCAUGGGGUUCGCGCGAGCGCUGUGGAUGCAGAUCGUCACCAAGGUGAUGAGCCGGAGGGGUUCCUCCGUGAAGGAGCGGUACGCGCAGGAGGAUUACGAGCAAAACUUCGACGAGGGCGGCGCGGCUGGGGAGCCCGAGAACCUCCCGCGGUCCUUCUCCGCGCGGUACGCCCGCCGGCGUCCUGCUGGGAUGGCGUUCUCGGAUGUAGCUCACCGCCUGCGUUUGCAUCCUGAUUGUGGGUAAUUAAAUCUUGUGAGGAGUUUGUGGACACGAGAAACGAUCACGUCAUCGACUCAUGGGUGUAGCUCAGACUGGUCUUGUCUUUGGAAAAGAAAAUACGACCAUACGUACACAUGAGGCCUUCAGCUCAGACUUCUCAGGGCAUGUACAAUGGUGGCAUAUUAAUACAUAUGCCUCAUGACAAAAGGUAAUUUGAAGUAUCUACAUUUUAUUUUUCUUCCCAAUGUAAGCUAUCACUAAUGUGCCUUAUAAAAAAAUAAAAAAUAAAGACUUUAAUACACAUGCAUCUCUACUUUUCACUUCAACCUUUGUCACCGGACCACACUUUUUCUCUUCAAGCACCCGCCUCCAAGAGAGGAUCCUGCUUCUCUAUCCGAACCUACUUUACGUCAUAUCCCAUCCUACAUGGCAUGUGAAGCAUCACCUUGAGGCUAUGCAUUGUACAUGCCCUCAGGGCGAGGGCAUGGCCAACGGUUAGCCCGAGACGUGCUGCCUCGCUGGCCAGCUAGGCUUGGAUGCCAAUGUGGAUCAAAAUCUAAUGUCUUAAAUGUGUUAGUGUUGCCUCAGAAAAGUUGACCGCUUUGGUGAAAAAAUGAGGAGAGCGAGGAAAAAAAA